AUCGCAGCGCGACGAUAGGAAGUAAGCUUCUGGGUUGCUCUGAGUCAGUCCCGAGCUCCAGAACCUGACAGGACUGCGAUCUUGCCCUUCUUUUUCUUGCUGCUAUGGAUAAUGCCUGCGGGUCGCCCCCGGAAAAAGGUGGAGAGACGGGGGAGUCAGAAGAAACGGCUGCUGCUCCCGGGGGCCCGGGGGCUACCGACACAGACGGAAUCCCAGAAGAAACUGAUGGGGACGGAGAUGCGGAUUUGAAAGAAGCUGCGGCGGAGGAAGGCGAGCUCAAGAGUCAGGAUAUCUCAGAUUUAACAGCAGUUGAAAGGGAAGACUCAUCUUUACUUACUCCUGCAGCCAAAAAAAUGAAAAUAGAUACCAAAGAAAAGAAAGAGAAGAAGCAAAAAGUGGAUGAAGAUGAGAUUCAAAAGAUGCAAAUCCUGGUUUCUUCUUUUUCUGAGGAGCAACUGAACCGUUAUGAGAUGUACCGCCGGUCAGCAUUCCCUAAGGCAGCCAUUAAAAGGCUGAUCCAGUCCAUCACUGGCACCUCUGUGUCUCAGAAUGUUGUUAUUGCUAUGUCUGGCAUUUCCAAGGUUUUCGUCGGGGAGGUGGUAGAAGAAGCACUGGAUGUGUGUGAGAAGUGGGGAGAGAUGCCACCACUACAACCCAAACAUAUGAGGGAGGCUGUUCGGAGGUUAAAGUCGAAGGGGCAGAUCCCCAACUCAAAGCACAAAAAAAUCAUCUUCUUCUAGACUGAAGCCUAGAAAGGCCUGGUACUGAAGGAAGGAGUACCGGUUCCAGACUUCCUACUGCAUGAGACUUUUGCACAGGUGCUUUAGUCCUCUAAGGAUUCCAUGAUGAUUUUGAUGUCUUUCUCAGAACUCUGAUAUUCAUCACAUCUAAAAGGCAUGCAGCCUGUUUCAUACUUGCCUUGACUAAAUAUUGGCACCUCUUUGGACAUUCUGAGGCAUUUAACUAUUUCUUGGCUAGUUGGAAGAAGAAAGGUACAUGGGCCUUAAGCGUCUUCCAGACAGAGAAGCUGCUUUCAGAAAGUCUUUCCAAGAAAGCUUUGAUGGUUUCACAUUGAAGCAUGAAGUCGCUGUGAUUUAGGUUGUUUCUUCCAUCUGGUUUUAAGUAGAUGAAACAACCAGAAACUUUGACUUAUGAUACUCUACCAUGAAGAACACAGUGAUGGGAGGAGUAGUGGAAAAGUUUAUCCCUGUACACAUGUAAAGUUCCCUAUGGAUCUUGGUGAGUGAUCAUUAAACUGUUUUCCAACUUGC